AUGGACCCGAGAGCCGGAAGACGUCGUAACUUCCAUGACAGUAAUGUUGCCAAAGGCGUUGUUGCGGUCAAUGGUCGUGACACAACCGGUGUCAAGUUUGUCUACGAGUCUCUUUUCCCAGCGUCCGUGUUACUUUGUUUUUCAGUAUUUUUGAAGGACGGGCAACUUGCAGAUGGCCGCAAAACCGUGCAACCCCGUCCUUCAGAGGAGGAGGCUUCCUACUUCCUGAUGCCAUACUCAGAGUGGGCCCCUGAACGGUUUAGAGGCAGUAUUCGCUCUGAAAGUGUUGUCAAUCACUCCUUGAUGAUCUUGAGUGGCCUGGAUAAUUUCCUGCUCGGGAGUUGGGAGAUUGAUAAGGAAACUCAUUUCAUGAAAAGCCGGGCUCUUCUCGGGAUGGUACCCAUUUCGGAUCGGCGCUGGGCCCAACAGCGACUGGAUGACCCUGCAAACUUCCCUAGGGCAUGCCAGCAUAUUGCGAAUGUGGUCAACGUCUUUACAUACAUGAACCAGGAGCCUUUCAAAUCGAUGGCCCGAACUUCGUACAACAAAAUCUGGGAUCACAUCAAGCACUUCGAGACUGCGCUCAACGCAAAACAAGCAGCCGAGCACCAGCCACAUGUGCGUAUCAUGCCUCUUUGGGAUGAAUACAUAAAGACACAUUUCGAUUUUGCCGCAGCCAGAUCGCAUGCUUGGAUUCUCAAGCGUGUAGAGAAACUCCAAGAGGUCAUCGUCGCACGUAUGGGCGCAGCCACUCAUGAUCUGGGGCCAACGAGCUAUAGCGAUGAGCAGAUAGCAAUUGGCGAUGAUAUGCAGGACAUCUCAGAGAUACUAGUCCAGGCUGAUGUUGCAUGUAGAAUAUCCACGGAUGGUUUCAAGAGCGAAUGGAUUCCGCUCAACUCCCCUUCCCUGCCAAGGAGCAACUGGACUGGCUACAAUGGGCAAACUGCCCUCUCAACGGCAGCCCUUCCCAACGAUCUGGAGUCUCUCAAGACGGUCUAUGGUUUUCGAAUGAGGUGGUUGAACCGAGUCAAGAUGAUGGAGCAGACCAUGCUGCCAGGCCCGUGGAGAGGCGGCACAAGCGCUCCUUCGGACAUGAUGUUUUCGAUGCAGCAGCAGCUUGAGGCUUACCGAGACGCCCGGAUGGAGCUCCGUGGGGAGCCGGCACCACUGAGGAUGGAGCAUUGGGUUGCAAAGAUCAAAGCGAAGAUUGAUGAUGGGGCUGAUCAAGCAUGGGGCUUUGUUGGGUAUCGCUUAUCCUACCGACACAGCCCGGAACAAUGGAAAAACUUCCUUGAUGCAUUCAAAAAGGAUGUGCAACCAUGGGAACACGGUUCGACUGGCGCUCUGUGGAUCAAGAGACUCUGUAGGAUGCGCUGGCUUGAUGGACAGGAGUUAGGGAUUCCGGAUGGAGAUGUGGAGGCAGCUCGACGGCAUUUCGAGACCUAUCGCAAAUCAUCAGCUUGGAUCAACGGACUCGCCCCGUCGAUGUUCCUCGUUGCUGACGAUUCUUCAAUCGAGUCGUAUCUGAAUGGCGGCGUUGAUUUCCUGGAACCCGGGAACACCGGUGGCUUCGUUCUGCUUACAGAAGCACAGCCCGCCCGCUCGGAGGAUCGCGGCAAUACAGAUUCUGAUUUCGAUGGGACUGUUCGCGUUUUGGGCUCUCUAUUGUGGGAUGAUGUGUAUGCAGGAAUGUCGGUGAUGGCCCUCACACCAGAGGAUCUUUGGAUGAUGGCCAGAUUGCAUCCUCUGCAACUUUACAUUGGUCCCCUAUCGAAAAGUCAGAAGCAACUGUUCCGAAGUUUUAACUGGAUCAGAAGUCAUUGUCUUAGUACGGCUCUGACAUGGACAGCCAGCAAGAAUGCCUGA